AUGGCUGACUCUCAGAGAACCACUGGAGCUGAAGAGAGCGCUGUGGGCAUUGCUCCUUCACCAUCUGCCAACACCCUGGAGCCUACUAGCAGCACCGGCCACGAUAUUGCGAUCAAUCACGGCCCCAUUCUAGAGGCCGAGGCAGAGAACAGCGCCUUGACAGACGACGAUGCCUCGGACAGAGCGACAGUAAGCAAGAUUUCUCGCUGA